UCUGCCUAUCCUCUCUCCCGCUGUCUCCGGCGGCGCCUUCCCCCUCGCCCGCCCCCUUUGAUCGUCAUUCCCUCAUGAACGACGUGUCCCACUUGAGCUUCUUGGGCGAGAGUACCAAACUACGCUGCGCACCCCUCAGCUACGCCUUCUCUCCCGACCACGGGAUCAGCUACUUGGACCUCGGCGAGGUGCGGGCCGUGUUUUCCCGCGCGUUUGCCCGCUGGUGCGCGUACAUCCGCUUGACCUUCACCGAGACAGAGGACUAUGAAAACGCGGACGUGCAGAUCGGGUGGUACAGCGGGGACCACGGGGACGAUAACCCGUUCGACGGGGUGCUGAAUGUGCUGGCCCAUGCGAAACAUGGCCUGCUCCACCUGGAUGCGGCCGAGAGAUGGUCGACCGACUUGCACGAGCAGCAUUCCAACAAGGAUGCGGUGGACCUUGAGUCGACCUUGUACGGGAUGAUCCUAUUCGACCACCAGGAAGCACACCCAGUGUCAAAGGGACUGAUGAUCAAGUGGAGUGCCACGCCCACGCUG